AUGGGUAUUCUAGCCCCAUUCACAAUAACCUCAAUUUUCACCUCAUCGGCAUCCGUAAUAGGCAUCUUGGGGACUCAGAUACCAAAAGUCGUUGAAAUCACGACGCUUAACGAAGAAACUAUCUCCAGACAACUGGUCGUGAUCAUCCAGACCGCCGGGACCAUCGUUGCCGGGGAAGAAAGUGCGGAAUCGGCCGUCGGCAUAGGCUCCGAUCCAGUAGACACGAAUCUUGCCGAAGACAUCGGCAAAGUCUGGAUUGACUUGUUUCAUCUUGGGGUUUCCGCAGAGCGCACGGGCAAUUAG